AUGUCAAAACUUAGAGUUGAUCUUAAACUUGCCACUGAUAUUGUGCUUGCUAUCGGUGGUGCUGUGUCGGCAUAUUAUAUGGUUCACCUUCUCAUGAAUCAAGAAGGCCCAGCUGCUAAAUCAUCAGAAACUAAAAAGAAAGCCGAUGCUUCAUUGAAAAGACUUAAAGUGUUGAAUCCGGAUCUUAAGCUUGACUUAAAUGAUUAUGAAAAUGCUGUACUGGCCUCUGUUGUUACUCCUUUUGAAAUAGAUGUUAAAUUUGAUGGUGAGUAUAUAACAAUUCAUUUGCCAUUAUGUUUCAGAGAUAAAACUAACAAAUUUCUACAGAUAUUGGAGGUUUACAAAACAUUAUUGAUGAACUACAGGAAAGUGUUCUUUAUCCAUUAA